AAGGAGAGGAGAUUGGGAAAUCAGAGAGAUGGACGAAUGAGUAUCUGGGAUGCGGUGGAGCCACAGAUAUUCACCGGAGUGAGACGUAUGGCACGAGGAGACUGAUGGGAAAUGGGACAAGAUGACUUCAAAAAUGUGAGGGAUGGAAGACGGAGAGCAGAUGAAAGGAAAUGCAAAUGACGGACGGACGAAAAUACACUUUGGAGGAAGGCCGAGCAACUUCUACAUCUUCAUUUGGAGAGCAGAAAGGCGAGAGAAAACAUGCCAUGCCUGCAUUCGGAGUCCCUGCCUUCUUUGCCUGCUGAAGGGAGGUAUGGAGUCACCUCAGCCUGCAGGGGGUCUCAAGGGUCCAGAUCCAAGUCAGCCAAAAAGGGUAAGAAUGGAGAAAAGGGUUCGUGUGUGGAGAGGAAUGACAGAGAGAAAGAACAGCGUGUCAUCACCAGUGCUGGGUGGUUCUUCUCACCUCUCUGGACUCCAGGGGCCAAAACCCAAAGAAUGGGAUUCAGGAUGGGAAAGGACAGCGAGAAAGUGAAGGCAUGGCUGGAUGAUCAUUCAGACUCUGCCAGAUCUUAUUUUAGCAGAUCCUCAAGACAUUGGAUGCAUGACUGUGUAGAAAGAGCCCAAGCUGCCCAAACCCUCAUAACUGAGCCAAGAUCUAGGUGGACUAUUCUUGGCAGACGCAGGGUUUCCCACCCCCUGUGUGGGCCCUCUCGAGGACAUGUGCACCCUUCCACAAUGGAAAGACCACACUCCUGCCUUUCUGUCCAUCAGACUGAUGAUGCUGUGUGUCUGGAUCGGGCCUGGGGGCAUUCUACAAACUUUCCAUUUUCUCCUUGUGUGUCAAGGUCAAAGUGUUUGCCACAUUCUCUGAGCUCCCCAAGACCAGCAGGACAGUGUAUGAGAGGCGAGUCCUGUAACUUCAUGAUGCGACUCUUUGGUGGCCUGAUUAGACCUCUACAGAACAAAAUCAUCUGUCAGAUCCUACAGCAUCUUUCUGAGAUCACUCAGGCCCAGCGCUGCUGUCUCUCCAUGACAACAGUGGACAAAACAGGUGUUAAGUGUUUGGGUCCUCUCUUCCAAUCAGAUGAGGAGUCUGUCUACGGUUACACACAGGCAGAAUGGGACAAGUGCAUUAUGGGUUACGUGGUCAGCACUGGGAGGCCACUCAACAUCAGUGAUGCCCGUGAGGAUCCAAGAUUUCAGAUUGAACUGUACGAGAGGGAAGAGGACAGACCCACAAGUAUUCUCAGUGUGCCUAUCCUGAACCACAAAAAGGAGGUUAUAGGUGUUGUCAUGGCUGUGAACAAAAGCAGGCCAGGCACAUGUGUUGGCAGCUUUUUCUCAGAACAUGAUGAGAAAGUCUUGUCGUCACACAUGCUGUUGUUCGGACUGAUCCUGGAAAACAGCCAGCUGUGUGAAAGUUCUGAACAAGAGCGCAAACGCAACCAGGUACUUUUGGAAUUGGCCCAGCUGGUGUCACAUGACUACCCCUCAGUGGAUGACAUGCUCAUUAAACUGGCUGCUGUCAUCCUGCCAGUUACAAAAGCACAAUUCUGUACUGUUUUCAUCUCAGACGACAGCUCCACGGGGCCUUUCUCAAAGAUGGUCCAUAUAAAACAUAAAGAAAGCAGUUGCUCCGACCAGUGUUCUACAAAGGAUUAUGACGGCAAUGACAUCAGCUACAUGUAUGCCAUGCAUGUGCGAAACUCGAUGAAGACACUUAACAUUAUCAACAGAGCUUCCCAGAUUUCCAAAGUCUCUCAGAUCAGGAGUUUGGUCGGCACACCUCUGAGAGGCAAACAGAGAGAUAACAUUAUAGGUGUGUGCCAGCUAGUCAAUAAAAUGGCUUUCACUGAGACCGAAGUUUUUAGUCGAGCUGAUGAGCACUUCCUGGAAGACUUUGCGGUGUACUGUGCUCUAGGAUUGCAAAAAUUCAACACGGAGCAGAGGGCAGAUAAAACCAGAGCAAAGCUGGCUGUGACUAAAGAGGUCUUAUCUUAUCAAAUCUCUGCUUCACAAGAGGAACUUGAUGCAUUGGAGGAGGUCGUCAUCCCAUCAGCAGAUGUCUUCUGUUUACUGGAUUUUGGCUUCAGUGAUUUUGAUAUGUCUCAGACUGCCAUGACUCAGGCUGUUGUGCGCAUGUUCCUGGAUCUCAAUUUGCCCCAGGAGUUCAGCAUUGACCACAAGACUCUGUGUCAGUGGGUUUUGAGCGUACAGAAGUGCUACAGAAGCAAUGUGGUCUAUCAUAAUUGGAGUCAUGCAUUGCGCACAGCCCAGUGUAUGUUUGCCAUUCUGCAGACAAAGGAACUAAAGAGUAAUUUUAGCAGUCUGGAGGUUCUUGCUCUCAUGAUUGCCAGUCUGUGCCAUGAUCUGGACCACAGAGGAGUAAAUAACUCUUACAUAGAGAGGAGUAACCAGCCACUGGCACAACUGUAUGGUCACUCAUCUCUGGAGCACCAUCAUUAUGACAUGUGUCUUCUCAUUCUCAACAAUCCCGGCAGUCAGAUUCUCAGCUCGCUCUCAUUGAAUGAAUACAAGGCCUGUGUGCUGAUGAUUGAAAAGCACAUUCUUGCAACAGACCUUGCUGUCUACAUAGAGAAAAGAACUAAGUUCUUUAAACUUGCUCAGAGUAACAGCUGUCUUUGGACAGAUGAUGGACACAGAGAACUGCUUAGGUCAAUGCUAAUGACAGCAAGUGACAUAUCUGCAAUAACCAAACCAUGGCCAGUUCAGAAGCGGAUUGCUGAACUUGUAGCGACAGAAUUUUAUGCACAGGGAGAC